AUGUCUCACUUUUUGCAUUAUCGUCUGGCGAAGAUGAAUGAGUCUGAUUUCUUCUCUCUCAUCCAAACAGCUACUUCGCAAGACGCCCAUCGCAUUUUUCUCAUUGCAUACAAAAACAGCCAGCGUGGAUUGAUCCAGAAUAAUCGACUAAUUGAUCAUGUUGUUCAAUUGGCAAUAGGUAGCGGCAACAAUAAGCUCAUUCUGGAAUGUGUUAGAAAGUUUUACAUCUUUAUGUCGCUAGACUCCUGGCAGCAGCUUUUCCAAACCGUUCUUAGAGACGAUCCAGGUGUCAUUGAAUUGUUUGAGCAUAAACGGCCGAGCGAAUUUCAAGCAGUAUCUAAGAGCGCUUUGUAUAAGGGCUUUUCAUCCCAGGAUACAGUUGCCCUUGUUUCUCACUGCAACAACAAUCGCUUUACUAUUCGCUCUGCUUUAAAAUCACUUCAUCUUGAUAAAAAGGAAGCUCAAGAAGUCUUAGAUGGCCUUCGUGGAACGAAGUUGACGGCUUACAAUCUUAUAGAAACGCUCCGCUUCGCUUUCCGUCAUCAUAUUGUCGAUGAAACCUCCUGCCAGAUUAUUGAUCGAAUACUUCAUAAAACUUGGAAUGGUGAUGUCCUCUUGAAACGAGGGCAACGAAUCAAUUAUCAAGUAAGGGAUGAUUUUAGGUUUUUUUAUGCUAUGGCCACCCCGGAUGAACGAGUUAAGCUCACGGAAACCCUCCAAACUUUAGGACAUGCAAUUUCGUUGCUCGAAACGGAGGAAAUAGCAUCUUUUAUGAAUAACUUGAACGACUACUUCUUUGCAUCAAAUCAGUUUACAUUCAUCAACUCCACUACUGGCAAGACUUACAUAUUGGACCGUCUUAUCAAAAAGACUAUGCAAUUUGUUUUUAAACACCAUGCCAAAAUACAACCAAAAGACGGUGUGAAGCAAAUCAGAGACAUUUUGCGCUCUUUAAGAUUCGAUUCUUCCCCUGGGCAAGCGUCGCUUUUUGAAUUCAUUGUCCACGAGAAUCCUGCAAUGGCAUUUGAGAUUUUGAACAACUACAAGACAAAAAAAUCUGUUCUUGUAAACCCAAUCAUGGAAGGUAUAGCCCGUGGAGUGCUUCGAGCGAAGACGCUUACACCAUACCAACGAGUAAUGGCUUUUGAAAAAUUCCGCCAAAGCGCGAAGGAGUUGGGGUUUAAGUACCAAAUGAGCGCAAGGUUGACUGUACUACUAGGUAACCUGAUCCUAAAACUUGAGAACAUUUCAAGGAACCCUAAGUCGAAUCUCUUGCAGCCUGUUAUUCAAUACGGAAUAACCAAGGGAGUGCCACACGCGAUCAUAAAAAAGUGGAGCAAAGCUUUACCUUGA